AUGCAUUCGCUUUUAACUAUGUUAUUUGUGAUUUUUUACAUGGGACUUUUGGCAAUUUCAAAGGCUUAUGUUAACGUUGCCCUCAAUAAACCAUCAUACCAGCUCGAUCAAUUUCUACCACGUGACGACACGUAUGACGCCAGUAACGCUGUGGACGGACGUAAAUCUGACCUGAGAAUGCACGCUGGGCAAUGUGCGAUAUCAUUCUUAUCAACAACCGCCACCUGGUGGGUGAACCUGAGCAGCAUCCACAGGAUUCAUCACAUCACUAUCUUAUUCAGGACGAGCAAUGACGGUAUACGGAGUCCGAGUAGCUCACAUUUUCUUGGAUUCUCCGUGUAUGUCUCCAAUACGACGGAUAGAUUACAGGGGACAUUGUGUUUCAAGGACAACAACUUCACAAUAAACACAAUACCUCCUGUCUUCACAACAAACUGUUCUGUCCAGGGACAAUAUGUCAUCUACUACAACGAGAGACUACCUGGAGUUGUCUACCCUGUCGGUUAUGCUAGUAAUGUAAAUAAUGACCUUUGUGAAGUAGAGGUGUAUGGAUGUCCAGCAACAGGAUUUUACGGAUCUAACUGCUCCAUUCCCUGUCCAGACGUCAACUGUCAGUACUGUCACAUAGAGACGGGCUAUAGCCAGUGUUGUAAACCUGGGUACCAAGGUCAGCGAUGCGAAUUAGCAAAAGGCAAAUAUCCCAAACAGGCUUUUGCGAAUUUACGGCUGUAG